GAGGGUAUGAUACCAUCUGGCUGAAUCUGGGGAACCCAGGAUGCUUAGUGGAACACAGCUGGGGAGCUGUGGCAUCCGUGGAGAAGUGGCUGGGUAUCAGUAAAGACAAGAGACUUCACUGGUGUGUGUGAGCAGCAUCCAGGUGCCUGUCUACCCCUGCAUUACCUGAGAGAUGCUCAAGCUGGUGACAUGAAGGGGCAUCCUAGCUAGCUAAGAUGGGUGCAGGUUGAAUGGUCUUGGGAACCAAAGACCUCUAAUUGGCCACACUAGCCUGGCACUUGGCACUUGGUAGUUAUUGUUCAUUAACCACUGCCAGGUCAGGUGGAGCUGGACAUACCAAAGGGACAUACUGGUAGGGGUUGUGGAUUCUUAAAAGGAUGAAACCUCCUUUUGUGCUCUCCAUCCAUGUUUCCUGUGUACCUACAAGGCCUGCUUCUGGCUCAUGUGCCAAAGGCACCCCCACUGUUGCCAUGUGUGGUCCCCCACAAUCUUUCUUGGAGAACAGCACCCUAAAUCUUGAAAACCCCGUCUUUUUCUGGUUCUCGGGGCACUAAGAUGGAAGCACCGGAUUACAGGUAACCAGGAUUACAGAUGACACCUUCAGUGACCAGCAAAGGCUGGCGAGGUCCAAGGUCACACAGCAAGUCAGUACUGCAUGAGCUGAUCCUAUGGCUGGCUGGACUCAGGGGAGGGGGAACUUCUGGCAGGUUCCCAAGCCGGCCCCAUCUGGGGCCUGUCAGGAGGGUGAAGAAAGCCAACAUCUUAACAAGGUCAUAAUAGCUGGGACAAAUUGAGGACACUGUGUAGGGGAUUGCAGGUUGGACAGGGACAAUCCAAGAGGCCUCCCAGGAGGCAGUGAGCACCCUAGAGCCUCACUCUGGUUUGAGAACCUGGGCACUCUAACAUGUUCAGCCCCACUCCCUACCUCAGUGGGCCCCUCACCCAGCUUCAGCCUUUGCCUGACAUUUCCCGUGACAUUUGCUGCAAAGAAAUAGAGUCAUAAAUUCAAAGGUUAAAUUUGCACAUUGCCUUACAACACCAGGAGAAACCUGUCCCUCCAACCACCAGGUGCCCCAUGGGUGCAGCAUGGUGUGGGAUGGCUUGCCCAUCCCCUGACCUGACACCCCAUCACUACUUCCUAAAAUGGCAUCGUGAGCACACCAGGCCAUGGAGUUUGUUGCAUAGUUCAGAGAUGCCCGCCCCAUCUGAAACCAAGGCUCUGAGGUGCCCUGUGGGAAAGAUGCUGUGUCAGCAGCUUAACCCAGCUCACCCCAAAGUUGAUCAUAAGACCUCUGUUUGAUAUCCAACAAUAGCCAGGCAGUGGCAGGAUACACCUUUAUCCCCAGUACUCAGGAGGCAGAGGCAGGCAGAUCUCUAUGUUCACAGCCAGCCUGUUCUACAGAACGAGUUCUAGGACAGCCAGGGCUACACAGAGAAACCCUGUCUCAAAAAUCAAGAAAGAGGAAGAGGAGGAGGAAGAGGAAGAGGAAGAGGAGGAAAAUAAAAAAGGAAAGGAAAGAAAUCCAACUGUAGUCUAUGAAACUCCAAUUCCCAAUUCCCAGGAGGGUCAAAGAGCAUCCCAGGCAACCUGUUCCCCGUGAGGCUGGGGAGCUCCUGAGAUGUCUACACCCCACCUCUGCCAACCUCCAUGUGACAGGGUACUACAUGAGCCUUACUGCCUGCCAGGCCCACCUGGGACACCACAGGGAGGCUGCUGGCUUCUGCCUGCUCAGUUCCUCCCCAAGGACACUUGGGAAACUGUACCAAUAGCCCUUGCCUCAUGGCUCUACUUCCUUGGGUCUGGCUCCCCUGGGGAAAGACUGUGGGGACUGCCAUGGGGAGCACUCAAGGUACCCAGGAACUCUGGGAACAGGGCUGGAGAGAGGGUCUCCAAAGGGCCAGCUGAACAGAUGGCCCUCCUUACAGCUGGAGUCCUGGUCCACUUACCAUGUCACCCACCUGAUGUGUAUAAAAAGACUCAAAUGGCUGGUGGUGGGGUGGAGCCGCAGUAGGCCCUGGCUGGAAGUUGGCCCAAGUGUAUAGGAAGGGGUACACAUCCUGGCCCUGAUGCCCUUCACUGAGGACUUGUGGGGAUGUACACGGGGGCACUGCAUGGCUGAAGGCAACGCAAAAGGCCAAGGUAGGUUUAAACAAGUACAUCUUGGUGCUUUCUCAGGAAGGGAUUCCACACUCACCAGUUAAGCAUGAUUCACAAGAAUAGUUCCCGAUGUGCAAAGUGUUUAAAAUACAGUGACAAAAGAAGAAAUCGCAGUACCAAACACCGGGUGUGAUGGGACCUAGCCAGGCCCACGCACUCUGGGGACAGGCAGGGAGAUGGGAGGCCUGUCCCCUACAUUCACUGCUAGGCUCCCACUACUGGCUGUGUGGUCAGUCACCUGUCCCUUAAUACAUUUAACCCUGGAAUCACUGAGGUAAGGAUUCACCCCCUUCAUCGUCUGUUCAGAGGAGGUCUGCAGGCCAUAAAGGAGCGGGUGAGCGACAGAGGCUAGUGAGCAAAUACAGGAUCUGGGGUUUAGCCACGUGGCUGGCACAGGUGACCUUGACUGGGUGUAGCCAGGCCACAGGGCAGGCACAUAGAAUGGUGCAGAGGGUGCCAGGCCCUGAAGAGACACAAAAACAGCCACCCCGGCUCUUAGGGAUGUGAGGGUCCAGGGUCUGGGUGGCUGCUGAGAGUCAGGCAGCCCUGCCUGGGGUUGGAAGUCAAAACUCACAGAAUGGGGGGCAGGACAGCAUCAACUUCACUAACCAGGCACAACCCAGUGCCAGGAGCAUUGUAACUCUAUGACAGCGUUAGGUUCUUCUCACAUACUCCUUCCAUUGCAUGUGUGUGUGCACGUGUACACACACACACUCACACUCACAUACACACACAGAGAGAAAGUGGGAGGGAGGGAGGGAGUGAGUGAGAGAGAGAGAGAGAGAGAGAGAGAGACUGAGAGACCCCUUUCUUGAAUGCACAGCUUGAGAUUUCUGGGAGACUUUCUGGGCCCCAGGCCCAGGAUUGCAGAAGGGCUCUCUCUGCCUCCACUUCCAGAUGGACCCUUUCUCUCCAAAGGAAGGCAUGGUGCCAGUAGCUUGGCAAGUAAAGGGUGCUAAAGCCAGGCCUGGUUGGCAAGCAAGAGGGAGGCAUGAUACUAAAGACCCUGCCCUUCACAGACAACUUACCACUUGCAACAAACAGCAGCAACAAACCUGGGCUUCUUCACAGCCAAGGAGUCAGCCCUUAGCCCUCCAAGGUAACAGGCUAUUGAGCACUUCCCCCUUUGAGGGGUUCUCUUUCUCUUGAUUGCUGCCCUAAUAAAAGAUGUCUCCCACUAGUGACUCUUACUCUGUAACCACAGGUCAGUCUUGCCUUAAGGAAACAGGAGCAGAGGGGCUAACAGGGCCCUGUUGGUCCAGGGCAGAGCCACAGACUCAGCUCUCGUCCCUCUCCAGGUUCACCACCUCUUUAAGUUCCCCAAUAUAUCCUCCAAGAGGAAGGAGGAAGGGGGGAGCAGGGAGGAGGAAGGAGGGGCCUCUAUUGGCAGGAGUCCCAGGAAAACCCCUACAGAAGAGGAGUUGAGAAAGCACAUGUGAGGGAUUUUAAAGCAGAAAUGCUGGGGGCCAAACCUUGGAAGCAAAGUUCCGUGGCUUAGACGGGUAAUUCCAACGCUGGGGAGGCUGAGCAGGAUUCCAAGUUUAAGGCCAGCCUAGGCUAUGUGGUUACACCUGCCCGAAAACAAAACAAUCAAAACCACUUGGGAGCCAGGCAUGGCUAAUCCCAGACCUCAGGCAGGUCUCUGAGAUCAAGGACAUCUGUGCCAGGGCCUCAGUGAGACCCUGUCUCAAUCCAGGAAAUGCCCCAUGCCCAGGAGUACCUGACCAACACAAAAUGGAUCUUUUUGUUCCGUUCAUUUUUUUUUUCUUUUAGUUUGUCUGUUUUGAUUUUUUGGGUUUUUUUUUGUUUUGUUUUUUUUUUUUUUUUUUUUUUGGUUUUGCUAUUUUUCUUGGCUUUUGUCUUAUUUUGUUUGAGAGAGAACAUGGAGUUGGUUGUUAGGGAGGAGGAUCCGGGAGGAGUUGAGGAGGGGAAAGAAUAUGAUCAGAACAUAUUGUAUGAAAAAUUAAAACAAACAGAGCCACCUCCUUGGGAAAAUUGGACUGACCCCAGUGGGCAUCAGCUUAGAAAUGCCGCCAACAACCCAGACUGCUGGCCUAACCACAGAUGAGGAAAGCUGAGACGGGGAGACUCUAAGAAAACACAGCCUCAGGCUCUGUGGGCUCCCCUUUGCCAGGUGGGAUCUGGUGCAGACCACACCUGGCUGCUGAGGUCUUGCCUUAGACGUGCAUCUUCCUCCCCUGACUGCAGUAGGACAAGAGACAAUGCAGCGUCAGAGAUGGGAAGACAGGCCUGGGGCUUAGUGAAGGGAGUGGCCAGGUGUGACCCCAUACAACACCUGAGCUAGGUGAGCAGCACAGAGCUGCUAACCAGAAGGUCACCCCCGGGGAAUAGCUAAUGUGCUAAAGGCAGGGCCUCUCGGGGGACCAUGCUGGGUUGGAUGCCCUAGUUGGUGGAACUGCAGAGGCAGCCAAGUGUGUCCAGGGUCAGACCCUUUAUCACAGUGGUGACCUCAAGCUGGGAAAUAGAUUUUCCCUGCCCAGGUAGAUUCCAGCCCACCAUAGACCACCAUUGCCCCAACUCUGGCUGGUGGGAGAGCAGCUGGUAGACUCUGCAUCUCACAGCCUGGGCUGGAGACACUGAACAAAACCCCUAAAUACAUUCUGAAGGCUUUUGAUCCAGAUUUGGGUAUAGGCAUAGCCCACCUAUGUACACAAGGGCACCCACACUCUGAGACAAACGGAAACAUGAAGAUAUGUUUAAAGGCACCCAUGGUCAUGCACACAAUCAUGUAUGUGCAGAUAUAUACCACAUUACACACACGUACUUGCACACACAGACUCAAGCACUGUGAAGGAGACUCCAGGACUUGUCCCUCUGUCUGGGUCCAGCUGCCCGGAGCAUCCCUAAUCAAAAUCCAAGUGUGUCUCCAUGGGAGUGGGUCUUGUUAAGGGGCCCCACCAUGUGCUAAGCAUGAAGAUCGCAGCAGGCAGGCUGCAUAAAUGCAUGUAUGGUCAUAGGUGUGUAGGCAGGAGUGAGGACAGAGCUAUGCACCCGAGUACAGGGAUGUGCUUAUAGCAUUUAUGUGCAUGUGCACACUAGGGCAGAUUUGGUAUGCAUGUGCACUGGAGGUGUGCAAGGCUGUAUGUAGCCCAUGUAGACACGUGCAAAGAAACGUGUGUGCAGCCUGCGGCACCAUGGACAUCAGCAGGGUAGAUAGGGUGGGCACCUGGGGAAGGCAAUGUGUUCACCCCAGAUUCUCCAGGUGGGACCCCGCCCUUCCAGCCCUCAGUCUCCACCCGGCCCUGGUCCAACAUCUGGAACCUCGUACCCUCCAUCCCUGGCCCCGCCGUCGCUGUCAACUUUCCCGCAAAGCCGCAACUUUUGCGGCUGCCGCGGGCUCCGCCCUCCCAGGGCCCAGUUGCUAGCGGCCAGCGCGCGGCGUGGCACUGCGGUGGCCCUCGGGAGCGACCGGCGACCCGGCUCCAUCUCUGGCAGCGUGAGCCAUGCCCUGCGUCCCCCCCGCCCCGCCCCGCUGCAGCCUGUCUCCGGAGCGGCGCUGACACUCACCUCCGGAGGACGCCCUCUUCAUCUUCGGGGUCGAGCGGGGCGCGUCGGGCACUGGAAGCGGCUUCGGGGCGGGCGCCCGUCUGCGCGCGGCCGGGUCCGCAUCCAGGCGCCGCUGCUCCGGCCCGGUCCCGGCCCGGCCGCGGGACGAGGCUCCGGCGCUCCGCUCUACCGGGCCGGGCUGGGCUCGCGGGCUGCGGGCGCACAGGGUGAGGGCGGCGGCGCGGACUGGCGGGGCGCUCGCAGCGCGGGCCAGGAGAGGAUGAAUGUUUUAUGGGAUCAUGUGGUUUGA